CUUUAUAUGCCUCAGAUAUACUGAUUCCUUUUCAAAUAUAUUGUAUCAGGCAGCAUUACAGGCUACUAAGAUACGCAGUGUUUACAUGCUAACUCUUAGCAUUUCACUCUCAUUAGUUGAAAGUAAGCUAUGCCUAACUAUGAAUGGACGCGUGUAAAGCUUUUGAGCUAACGUGCAAUUAAUGUUGACGUGGAACUGACGGUAUUGACUCAAAAUCGUGAGAGUGUUUCAUAAUAUCUGUUUAUAUUUCUCUUGUUUUUGGUUUCACUAGCCUGGGUGGACACAAGUCCGCUAACGUUACUUUCAUGGAUGUUAGAACGUUAAAGCAGGAUUCGCUUAAUAAUACCGCGCUUAUUUCCUACUGCAAUGGUUGUCGAGAUAGAGAACUUCUUUGGUGUGUACAUGUUGUACUGCACAAAUCUCAAAUUCAAAGGACGUAUUUACAUCGGCUUCACGGUGAAUCCUGAGCGCAGGAUCGGACAGCACAACGCCGGACGGCACAGAGGGGGGGCCAAGAGGACCAGUGGAAAAGGACCAUGGGAGAUGGUCCUCAUAAUACAUGGCUUUGCCUCAGAUAUUGCUGCCCUUCGUUUUGAGUGGGCGUGGCAGCACCCUCACUCCUCCAGGCGUCUCUCCCUCGUCUCCCGGCGCUCCAGGAAAGAGUCAAGCUUGCAGUUCCACUGGCGCGUGGUCUCCAACAUGCUGCGGGCGGCGCCUUGGAACAGACUGCCGCUGACAGCGCGCUGGCUCAAACAGGAGUACAGGAUGGACUUUGAGCCCGACCUGCAGCCUCCACUGCACGUCCCCAUCGCUUAUGGGAGUGUGAGAGCCAAGAAGAAGUUGCAGUCUGCAGGAGUGGAGGAGCAAGAGAAGGAGGAGACAUCCAGGUGUUUUCUCUGUAAAGAGCUGGUCAAGGUGUCAGAAAAGCUGAGCUGUUUCCACCCGUCCUGUGGAAUGAGCAGUCAUGUGAUCUGCCUUGCUAAACAUUUCCUGAAGUUGGAGCCGUCACACCUCCUGCCAGUGGAGGGUGAAUGUCCCGCCUGUGGUCGCUCUCUGUUGUGGGGGAGUCUCAUCCGCAACCAGCACUGCUGUUUGGGAGACCUGGAAGAGAUUAUACCAUCUGCAUCCCAGAGCCACUGGGCCGAUGAGCUGCAGAAAUGAGAGGAGCCUGCAAACCUUUUAUUUCCUUGUUACUGCCUGCACCGUCUGCAUAGAUGAUGUGUAAUGAAUUUGCCUGUUGAGCAGGAAUGUGCAGUGACUAAAAGCUGCAACAUUUCUAAUUUUUAUCACUCUGUUCACAAAAUCAAAUCUAAUCAUGUAUCCGGUUUGUUUAGAACAUUCUGUGUUUUGGGGAAAAACACAUGUUUUACAAAUAAAGCAAGCUUUUUCUAAAGAGUGCGUUAAUCAAGUCAUUUAUACGGUGGUGAGAGUUGAAUAAAAAAAUAUAUGCAGUAAAACUCAAUGGUCUGGACACAUUUUAUUAUUCAAUGAAAAAGUGUGUCCAAACUUUGUGCUGUAAUUCAAAUAAACAAAUAUAAGGAGAAAGAGCUCAUUAAUAAAGGGUGCAUUCUGGUCCAAUGUUUGCUUAUUGUCACAAGUUAAAUGAUGGCACCUGCAUCAUACAUAUUUAACAAUGAUACUGUGUGCUUUUUUGUCUUAUGACAAGUCACUUCAUCAUAGUUUCAUAGUAGUUUUUCAGGUCAAAAAGGCCAAGAAGCUGGUACAAAGUAAA